CCGGAAGCUCAGCUCAAAAUGCUGAACUGCUCCUGGGAAGCCGCUGGUGCUGUGGCAGUUGGAGUCUGUUCUCGGGCCUGAGCCUCGAGGCCAGGCUCCUGGGUGUCGUUAAUGUUCGGGGCCGCCGGGCGCCAACCGAUCGGAGCUCCAGCCACCGGGAACAGCUGGCAUUUCAGUCGAACCAUGGAAGAGCUGGUUCACGAUCUCGCCUCAGCCCUGGAGGAGAGCUCGGAGCAAGCUCGAGGUGGAUUCGCCGAAACUGGAGACCAUUCUCGAAGUAUCUCUUGCCCCCUGAAACGCCAGGCCAGGAAACGCAGAGGGAGAAAACGGAGGUCGCAUAAUGUUCAUCACCCGUGGGAGACCGGUCACUGCUUAAGUGAAGGCUCUGAUUCUAGUUUAGAAGAACCAAGCAAGGACUACAGAGAGAAUCACAAUAAUAAUAAAAAAGAUCACAGUGACUCUGACGACCAAAUGUUAGUGGCAAAGCGCAGGCCAUCAUCGAACUUAAAUAAUCACGUUCGAGGGAAAAGACCUCUCUGGCAUGAGUCUGAUUUUGCCGUGGACAGCCUUGGGAACAGGACUCUGCGCCGGAGGAGGAAGGUCAAGCGCAUGGCAGUGGACCUCCCGCAGGACAGCGCUAACAAGCGGACGGUGACCCAGCCCCUCGAAGGCUGCAGAGAUCAGGACAUGGACCAUGACAACAGAGCUUACCAAUGUCACGAGUUUACCAAGAACAAGGUCAAGAAGAGGAAAUUGAAAAUAGUUAGACAAGGACCCAAAAUCCAAGACGAAGGAGUAGUCUUAGAAAGUGAGGAAACGAGCCAGACCAAUAAGGACAAAAUGGGAUACGAAGAGCAAAAAGUCUCAGACGAACUCAUGAGUGAAAGUGAAUCCAGCAGUCUCAGCAGCACUGAUGCUGGUUUGUUUACCAAUGAUGAGGGAAGACAAGGUGAUGAUGAGCAGAGCGACUGGUUUUAUGAAAAGGAAUCAGGGGGAGCUUGUGGCAUCACUGGAGUCAUUCCCUGGUGGGAAAAGGAAGAUCCUACUGAUCUAGACAAAAAUUUACCAGAUCCUGUCUUUGAAAGUAUCCUAACUGGUUCUUUCCCCCUUAUGUCACAUCCGGGAAGAAGAGGUUUCCAAGCCAGACUCAGUCGCCUUCAUGGAAUGCCUUCCAAGAAUAUUAAAAAAUCGGGAGGGACCCCAACUUCAAUGGUGACCACUCCUGGCCCAGUCAGUAACAAGAGAAUGGUUCACUUUUCCCCAGAUUCUCAUCACCAUGACCGUUGGUUUAGCCCGGGGGCUAGGACAGAGCAUGGCCAGCAUCAGCUUCUGAGAGAUAACCGAGCUGAAAGAGGACACAAGAAAAACUGUUCUGUGAAAACAGCCAGCAGGCAAACAAGCAUGCAUUUAGGAUCCCUAUGCACUGGAGACAUCAAACGGAGAAGAAAAGCUGCACCUUUGCCUGGACCUACUACAGCAGGAUUUGUAGGAGAAAACGCCCAGCCAAUCCUAGAAAACAACAUUGGAAAUCGAAUGCUCCAGAAUAUGGGCUGGACACCUGGGUCAGGUCUCGGACGAGAUGGCAAGGGGAUCGCUGAGCCGAUUCAAGCCAUGCAGAGGCCAAAAGGAUUAGGACUUGGAUUUCCUCUACCAAAAAGCAUCCCCACAGCCACUGCCUCCAAUACAGGAAAAUCCGCCUAAGAAGAAAAGCAAAGAAGAGAUGUUUUACCAGUUGCAUUUGCGCUAUGUAUCCCAUUGUUCUAAAAUUACAACAUAGCUUCUAUUUUUGAAGCCGAAAUCUAACAUCAAAGCCUCAAACUUGUCACUCUAGCUUCCUAGCUGCGUACAGUUCUGCCACAGGGAUAGAAAUGGGAUUUCAUCACAAUUCAUGGUGCUAAAGUAAAAACCUUUACCUUUUAAAAAUUUUCAGCGAUUUACAUUCUGGGUGUAAAGAACAGCUCAAUUUCUCUUAUUUAUUUUGAUCUUGUAUGUCAAUAAUUUCUAAUGCUUUAGCUUGAUUCAUUCAUGUGUGUGCUCGAUGCCCUGGCAACUGAGCACGCCCACAUGUUUCUAAAAUGGGAUUAGCCAGAAAGGGUUGUGUUUCACAUCAGCCCUGUCUGUUGUAACCGAAAACACCUAUUAUCACAUCAGUGAAGUCCUAAGCACAUCUUUGUUUGAAAGGCUGGCCAAUUUCAUAUUCCUUGAAUAUGGCUUUUUUGUUAGGAUUCUCUAACAGGGUGACACCCAUUGUCUAUCCUUGGACAGUGUAGUAUGAAGUUCACAGUUGACAAACGGCAGUUAAUGUUUCCCUCUGACAUGUCGACAAAAAUAAACCUCAUCGUUGUGAUCACCAG